CAAAUUUUUCGCUCAGUCGUUCGCGGAAUCUUGUCGUGUACGGUACGGUUGAGUUAUUUUUCCGGUGCGCGGUAGUGACGAGUCUAAAACCCGCGAACUUCUCGCGUUGACAGGCAAACGGACUUUUUUUAUUGUUUCAAGUGGUUACCUUUCUAAAUAGCGAAGACGCACGGCAAACGCAGUCUGGCAUAACGGCCUACAGAAAUUAACGACGUCCAUAGAACUGCCAAAAUGACUGACGAAAAAGUAAAACCGAAUCCCGAUCCUGCGAUACCGCAGUUCGUUGCCAGUGAUUUUAAUUCAACCACAAAGCUAGCAGACAACCAAAUAGACGAUGAUGACUACAAUCCAUUCGAGCAUCGCCAAACUGACAAACCAAAUAGUACAAGCGGCUCUCUCAUCCACUUACUCAAAAGUUCCUUGGGCACCGGCAUUCUGGCUAUGCCGGUAGCCUUCAAAAACGCUGGUCUCCUGUUCGGUGCCAUCGGUACCGUGAUAAUAGGUCUAAUCUGUACGCAUUGUGUCCAUAUUCUGGUCAAAACCUCACAUCAGGUGUGCAAAAGGACGCGGAUACCGGUACUUGGCUUCGCGGAAACAGCCGAACGUGUCUUCCAGUAUGGACCCGUCAAACUACGGAGGAUGGCCAACUUUUCAAAAUUGUUCGUGGACUACGGCCUUAUGGCAACGUACUUUAGUGCCGGUUGUGUGUACAUCGUAUUCAUCGGUAGUUCACUCGAGAAAGUGAUCAACGUGGCUGCCGAACUGGACUGGAGCGUCCGCAUCUACAUCCUCCUAACAAUGAUCCCCGUCCUGUUGAUUGGUCAAAUCCGUUCACUGAAGUACUUGGUCCCGUUCUCAGCAAUCGCCAAUCUGUUCAUUGUCGUUACCUUCGGCAUCACGCUGUAUUAUAUCUUCAAAGACCCAUUGGAGUUCAAUGAUAAGCCGAAUUUUGCGUCGUUUGCCACACUUCCUUUAUUCUUCAGUACGGUCAUCUUCGCCAUGGAAGGCAUUGGUGUAGUCAUGCCCGUUGAAAACUCCAUGGCAAAACCACAACAAUUCCUCGGAUGCCCAGGAGUUCUGAACACCGCCAUGGGCACUGUCAUCACUCUGUAUGCCAUAAUCGGUUUCUUCGGAUACGUGCGAUACGGCGAACUUUCGGCAGGCAGUAUCACCCUGAAUCUACCAACUGAGGAUGUCAUGGCUAAAAUCGCACAACUGUUGAUCGCUGCCGCGAUCUUGUUCACCUUCGGCCUGCAGUUCUACGUCCCGAUGGACAUCCUGUGGAGGAAGAUCCACGACAAGAUUCCGAAAAACAAGCACAACUUCUCGCAGAUCGCCAUCCGGACGGGAAUCAUGAUCCUGAUGGGAGGAAUCGCACUGGCCGUUCCCGAUCUGGAACCCUUCAUCGGACUGGUUGGUGCGGUCUUCUUCUCCAGCUUGGGCCUCCUGGUGCCGUGCGUUGUGGAAACCGUCUUUCUGUGGCCGAACGAGCUCGGAACGUUCAAAUGGAUUCUGGUCAAAAAUGUCAUCUUUGGGGCUUUUUCGAUUUUCGCGCUUGUUUCCGGAUCGUACGUCAGUAUUGAGGAAAUCAUCAAGCUGUACACCGAAGAUGACCAUACCGAGUAGUGUAGAAUUGGGGGUAGAGUAGGUUAGCUCAGCGUUGGUAGUUCGAGCCAUUGUUAUGCCAUCUUACAUUAAGAUACUCCUGACGAAGCGAUAGUCGCCUCGUAGAGGAUUGAUAUAGCUGUGCGAUUUUAUUUAAAACAGAAACGAAUGAUUUCAUGAACCUAUGCAGGGCCUUAAACAGUGAUCUAGAAGCGUUGAAAAUGCAUUAGAAUUUUUGACAGUAUUUUACACUGUAUAUUUUUAAAAGAACCGUAAUAUUUAAAGCCUGUUCUAUCUAGUUUAGAAGUGUGAUUAAAAAGUUACUUGAAUUCAAUGAAAUGAAUAAACGAAACUGAAAACUUUCA